UCUUGCGGUUCUGAAAUGGAAACCGACGACAGAUAUCCCGAGGAGCAUGUUAUUACCACCGUUUCCCCUUCUUCCAUCAGCACGCAGUGGAAACCCCCGGAAAAAUAUCACCCCGGCGGUGCCCAAAUGAUUCUCGAGCCCGCUCCUCAAACCCUCCCCAGUUCGCCCAAAAUGACGAACGGAUCGGCGCUUCUCUCCAACGCCAACCUCUUGAAGGUGCCCCCCUCUUCCUCAAGAUCCCCUCCGACUCCUCUCCAAUCCCUCUCCCUCGGCCUCGUCCCCCUCAAUCCCAUCCAAGACCAGGCCGAAACCGCCUCAAUCGGGCGAGUGAAGCUCUCUGAUAUCGCGCCGUUCGAGGGAUCGCCGAAUGGGAGCUACAUAAAGGCGGUCGAGGCGUUGGCGGGGUCUCUGAUGAGGUAUAAUGCGGCUCUGAUCGAGGUUGGCGCUGAGGAGGGGUUGGUGAUGAGGUGUGCGCUGGAAUCUGUGAGGAUGUUCUUCAAGGCGAGGGCGCAGUUGGGGAAGUCGGGGCGAGGGUUUUACACGUAUCGAGCUGGGAGAGCUUUAGAAGAUGGUGACUUGUCACCCCCAUGCAUGAGCGAUGCUUUCAGAUGUUUGGGGAAGGUAGCACGUGCUGCAUUAUGUGCAGUAGCUCGGCAUCUUCGUUUGCGCAGCGACGCUUUCAACCACUUACUUGAUGAUACACCUUUGCCUGUAAAUGAGGUCUCAUCAUCAGUGUUAGUUGCUACGUAUUCUAAUGCUUCUUUACAAAGUGGCAAAGGUUCUGUGGGAGGCAAGUCUUCAAAUCAUGAGGUAGAGAAGGGACUUUUGACAUUAAUAGCUUCUGACAAUCCUGGGAUCCAGGUAUGUGACCCAAAUGGUCAUUGGUAUCUAGCAGAUGGGUAUUCAGGUACUGGAGAGCUUUUGUUGCUUACAGGGAGGGCACUGAGUUAUGCUACUGCUGGUCUUCGCCCUGCUUCUUCAUAUAAAACUGCUGCUGACUCUUGUGGAAACAUUAAUGGUGGAAGGGCAUCAUUGACAUUCAGGCUUAUGCCUCAAUCAAACGCUGUAUUGGAUUGUUCUCCAAUUGCAGCAGCUGGCCAUGUAAUUCAACAAAAUUAUCAGCCAAUAAGUGUGAGCCAGUUUAUGGAUGACUUGUCUGCUGAAGAAGAUAUAAUGUGCAGCCUUCCAAACAAUGUAUAUGAAUCUUCGAACAAUCUUGUUAAGGAACCAUCAUUGAGGAGCAUCCUUUCUGACCCGUUGUCAGGGGCUUUCCUUGAAGAUGCUAUGGUUGUAUCAUGUGGACAUUCGUUUGGGGGUCACAUGCUUAAAAAAGUCUUGGAUAUGGCCAGAUGUACCCUUUGUAAUGCAGAAAUAGAGACGAGCGCAAAGUCCUUAAUCCCUAACCUUGCUUUGAGAAGUGCUGCUGCGGUAGUUAAGAAUGAGGAUGACAGAAGACUCUUCCAUAGUGCCACUCUCCGGAAGCGGAGGAAAGAAGACCAUGGGGAGAUUUCACCUGAUGGUGACAUUAUCAGGCAUCUAAAAGGAGUUCAAUAUCCGUUUGCUGUUAGUGAGAAAGUUCUGAUCAAGGGGAACAGAAGAACUCCAGAUAAAUUUGUUGGACGACAGGCAGUGAUCACGUCUCAAUGUUUGAAUGGAUGGUAUCUUCUGAAGAUUUUGGAUAGUGGAGAAAAUGUCAGGUUGCAGUACCGAUCAUUGCAGAAACUUUCAAGUUCUCGGAGUGAUGAUAGAUUACAGUCACAACCAUCAUUACUUCAGGGUAGCAGUUGACAGAAUUACACACAUGUAUACUUCUGCAAGAGCCUGGCCGCAAAGAUCUCGAGGUCCUUUGCAGCUGGUUGAUGCAAACUUUUGGCCGGUUCUUUUCCAUGUACAUGUACAAUUAUACAUUGUUCGAAGCCAUUUUUCCCAAAGAAGAGGCCAUAUAAUAAAUCAAAUGUUUAGUGUAACUAUAAGAAAAUGUGUUGUUAUCAUGGAUCCUUGACCUUUCCAGUUGCCUGACAAGAUAUGAGGGAUAGCGAAGAUAAAUUGCCAUACUAUCUUCAAGAGGAAAGCUUGGAGAGCAGCUACUUUUGUAUCCCAGAAAACAAGUGCAUGAAGGUUGGCAAUAUAUAUAUAUGGAGAUUGCAUGAUAGCCUUUUUGUCUCACAUGGUAUUUGAAAGGCUGCAAGAAUUGAAUAUGCUUUUGUUGAUACCAAGAAUUCAGUUGUACGAGACGGUAAAUCAAAAUGUAUCAUGUAUAGGAUAUUAAAACUGUUUGCUAUAGAGAUACUAAAGAGAUAUUGUUACUUAUAGUUUUACUUGGCCUUCUUUGGGUUAUAAAGUCAUGAAGUUGUCUAA